GGAUGAGAGUGAACGGGAGCGAGCUGAACGGCUCCGUCCUCCCGCGGGACCCGCCGGCCGAGGUCGCCCCGCGCCGCCCGCCCUGGGUGACCUCCACCUUGGCCGCCAUCCUCAUCUUCACCAUCGCGGUGGACCUGCUGGGCAACCUGCUGGUCAUCCUCUCCGUCUACCGCAACAAGAAACUGCGGAACGCGGGAAAUGUGUUUGUUGUAAGCCUGGCAGUUGCAGACUUGGUUGUAGCAAUCUACCCAUAUCCACUGGUCCUCACAUCUGUAUUUCACAACGGAUGGAACCUGGGAUACCUUCACUGCCAGAUUAGUGGCUUCUUGAUGGGCCUAAGUGUCAUUGGAUCUAUCUUCAAUAUUACAGGCAUCGCUAUCAAUCGGUACUGCUAUAUCUGUCACAGUCUCAAAUAUGACAAGCUGUACAGUGACAAGAAUUCAUUGUGCUAUGUUGUUCUUAUCUGGGUCCUAACAUUUGUUGCUAUUGUGCCCAACCUGUUUGUGGGAUCACUACAAUAUGACCCCAGGAUUUACUCAUGUACAUUUGCACAAUCUGUGAGCUCAGCAUAUACAAUAGCAGUUGUGUUUUUCCAUUUCCUGCUUCCCAUAGCCAUAGUUACUUUCUGUUACUUGAGAAUAUGGAUCCUCGUUAUUCAGGUAAGGCGAAGGGUUAAACCAGAUAACAACCCCAGGCUAAAACCACAUGACUUCAGAAACUUUGUAACCAUGUUUGUGGUAUUUGUGCUGUUUGCAGUCUGCUGGGCUCCUUUGAACUUUAUAGGCCUUGCUGUGGCUGUCAACCCAGAAACUGUAAUCCCUAGGAUUCCAGAGUGGUUGUUUGUAUCCAGUUAUUACAUGGCAUAUUUCAACAGCUGCCUUAAUGCUAUCAUAUAUGGACUCCUGAACCAGAACUUCAGAAGAGAAUACAAGAGAAUUAUUGUCACUUUUUGUACAGCAAAAGUUUUUUUCCAGGAUAGUUCUAAUGAUGUGGGAGACAGGAUGAAAAGUAAACCUUCUCCAUUGAUUACAAACAACAAUCAAGUGAAAGUGGACUCUGUCUGAAAAUGGGA